AAUUUAUUUUCACUUUUAAUAACUAGACCCAAAGUCUCCUUAAAAAGGGCAAGGAUUAGGACCAAAGCCAUUUUAUUAUGUUCGACACCAGCUGCUAUUGUCCUGAUGGCGGAUCCUGCUUUUGACGACCCGAUUCCUAAUCUGGAUACCCUACCUAUUCCCGACGACCCAUUCCUCUCCGACGACUUAGCCUUCUCCGAUCACUAUUACGACGACGUUUUGAACUUCAACCUCGACGACCUCGAUCUUGACAACCUCCUCAAUUCCAUCAAUCCAUCUUCCAAUUCAAUUCAGCCCGACUCUUUCCACGACGAUGCAAAUCAUCUCGAUUUCUCAUCAUCUGAUGUCGUUGUUGAUAUCUCCGGUGGAAAGAGCUCCGAUAAUUCUAAGUGUUUGAACAAUCCGUCAUCCGAGAAUUCGAAUUCUCGUGAUUUCUGUCAGGAAUUUGGGAAUAAUGAUUUUGGUGGUUCCGGGCCUGUUUCGUCUCAGGGUUCUGAUGAUUGUGUUCGGUCGUUCGAUAACUCGCCUGCUUCGGGGAAUCGGGUAGUUGAUCACAAGAGGAAGAAAGAGGAGGAAGAAGGAAAUUCUGUGAUUAGGACUAUUAAGUCGAGGAGAUCGAAUGAGGUUACUGAUCGAUUGAAAUCAAAUGAGGGGGAUGAUGAAGAUGAGAAGAAGAAAGCUAGGUUGAUUAGGAACAGGGAAAGCGCGCAUCUUUCUAGACAGAAGAAGAAGCAGUAUAUCGAGGAGUUGGAGGAUAAGGUAAGGGCUAUGCAUUCCACUAUUCAAGAUUUGAAUGCUCGAAUUUCGUAUUUUGUAGCUGAAAAUAAUACUUUGAAGCAGCAAAUGAAUUGUGGGUCUAUUGGGCCACAGCCAAUGGGGAUGUAUCCUACUCCGGCAAUGGCUCCCAUGGGUUUUCCAUGGGCGCCUUACCCACCUUAUUAUAUGAAACCACAGGGAUCACAAGUUCCAUUGGUUCCGAUUCCUAGAUUAAAACCUAAAGUGCAACAUGAUAAGAUUAGUAAGAAUGGAGAAAGUAAGAGGAAAGAGGGUAGAAGUAAAACAAAGAAGGUGGCGAGUGUUAGCUUUCUUGGUUUUCUGUUCUUUAUCUUGCUUUUUGGCGGACUAGUUCCUAUGGUAAGUGUCAAACAUGGAGGUUUGACGGGAAUGUGGUUGGGUCGGUCAGAUUAUGAAGAGAAUAGAUUUGGCCAGGAACAUCAUGUUGGUAAGGUUUUGGUGGUCAAUGGAACUGAUCAUGACAGUGGAACAAGAUUUUCGGGUAAAAAUCUUGACAACGGGAACAUGAAGAAUUAUGAUAGUAAUUUUGAUUGUCACCGAGGUCAUUUUGGGGCAGCAAGGGCAAAUAUGAAGCAGACUAGUUCUGAGGAUUUUGCUCCUUCAGGAAAUGUUAGUGAUCGUCUUGUUGCGUCUUUGUAUGUACCGAGAAAUGAUAAGCUUGUUAAAAUUGAUGGCAAUUUGAUAAUUCACUCUGUUCUUGCUAGCGAAAAAGCUAAAUUAUCUAAUGAAGAUGGACAAACAAAAAAUGGUAAAAAUAGUUUGGCUGUACCUUCCAGUUUGGCGCCUGCAAUAUCUUAUCCAGGAGGGCAGAAUAUUGAAAAUCUGCCGCAUCUAUACCGAAGUACAGCCGGGCACAAGGUUCUUCCUUCUGGCAAGGAUGAUCCGAAUUCAGCACCACGGAAUGGUGAACUACAGCAAUGGUUUCUAGAAGGUCUUGGAGGACCCGUGCUACGAUCUGGCAUGUGCACUGAAGUAUUUCAGUUUGAUGUAUCUCCAACUCCAGGAUCUAUAACUCCAGCUAAUUCAGUGAGGAAUGUUUCUGUGGAAGAAAAACGAAACUCCACACACCUAAACAAGGGACAGAAUAGAAAGAUACUUCGAGGUCUUCCUAUUCCGCUUCCAGGCUCAGCCAAUAACAUUAGUGAAGAAAGUGGCCGUAGUAAUUCAAAGAAGGACAAGUCCAACAGAAAUAGUACUUAUUCACCGAUGAUUGUUUCUGUUCUUGUUGAUCCAAGGGAGGCUGGCGACUUUGGUGCUGAUGGUAUGUUGGGAACAAAGCCUUUAUCGAGGAUAUUUGUUGUUGUGUUAUUAGACAGUGUCAAGUAUGUGACUUAUUCGUGCAUGCUUCCAUUCAAGGGAUCUAAUAUGUUAGGGACUGCUUGAGAAGUGGACGUAGGGAUUCCGAAGGAAUGGAAAAAGUGUAGUAACAGUCCUGAUCAAAUGUAGUAGAUAGAAUUUCUUCUAAGAAUGGUUUUGUAGCCUUUAAAGAUCUCUUUCCUGUAACUAUUAUCGUUUUAUAUUUUGUACUAUACAUAUUUUACAUUUCUUCUGCCCCUAAUGUUUGUGCAAAUUUUCAGUUGAUUGUU